AUGUCUAUAAAGCGGAUAAAUCGUGAAAUCGCCGACUUGAAGAAGGAAGACUUGGGGCCCAUCACCCUCUCGCCGUCAGACGAUAACCUGUAUUUGUGGAAGAGCACGUUACCCGGCCCACAGGGUAGCCCAUAUGAGGGCGGCGUGUUCAACGUGGAGAUACAUCUGCCACCCGACUAUCCAUUCUCCGCACCGAAGGUUGUGUUUACGACUAGAAUAUACCAUAUGAAUAUCUCGGAUAGAGGGAAUAUAUGCAUCGACAUACUCAAGCAGAACUGGUCGCCUGCUCUUUCAAUAUUUAAAGUGAUGUUAUCACUCUCGUCUCUGCUCACCGAUCCCAACCCUCAGGACCCGCUAGUGCCAUCAAUCGCGACGCAGUAUAUGCGUAACCGGAAACAACACGACACGACAGCUCAGCAAUGGGUUGAACUUUAUGCUCGCCCUAAGCCCCCGCCACCGCAGCCCGAAACCUUGUCCACGAAGGCCAAGGGCAAACGCAAAGCGCCCGCCGUGAGCGAUCCCCCAGCCGGUGACGAGGUACAAGCAACUGCGAGUCCUAUCCCCGUCGUAGAUAACACGCCCAUUGAGAUACCUGAUUCCGACGAUGAAGGUGGCGCUCGGACGAUUGAUUCCAACGGACCAGUCGCGAAGAGAAGGAAACGGGGGAACGCUAAAGAUGUCGGAACCAAUGACGGCGGGUCAAGGAACUCACAGCGUAGACGCUCGGGCCACUCCACUCCGGUCGAACAGUUGGGGGAGGUCAUCGUGAUUGACGACUAA